AGGAUGACGCUUCCAAAGCCAGGAUGCAUGCCCAUUACAUUGAAUUGCCUAGAAUCCUUGUUUGUCUGGGAUUGCUUUGACAUUUAUGCCUGCAGAUGCAUCAAUGCUUACUUUGUAGACUGUUUCAUCAUCUCCAACUACAUUGUGAUUGAGGAUGUUGGCGCCGAUGACGUGAUCCCUCUGCCUAACGUCACGAGCAAGGUCCUGUCCAAGGUGAUUGAAUACUGCAAAGAGCACGUCGAGGCUGCGAAUUCGGACGAUCGUGCUACUUAUGUGAACGAUGAGCUCAAGGCCUGGGAUGCUGACUUUGUCAAGGUCGAUCGAGCCACCCUCCGCGAGCUCAAGCGGGCUGCAGACUACUUGGAAAUCAAGAGCUUGCUUGAUCUGAUGUCCCAGACAUUGGAGGAUAUCACCCUCAUGAGUUGCGACCACAAGACGUUCGAGGUGGACAAGUCGGUGGCCCUGAUGUCCCAGACGAUUAAGCACUUGAUUGAGGAUGUUUGCGUUGAUUACGGGAUCCCUCUGCCUAACGUCGAGAGCAAGAUCUUGUGCAAGGUCGAUAACGCCACCCUCUUCGAUCUCAUCCUAUCCGCAAACUACUUGAAUAUCAAGAGCUUGCUUGACCUGACGUGCGAGACAGUCGCAGAUAUGGUCAAAGGCAAAACGCCAGAGGAGAUCCGAAAGAAAUUCAACAUCAAGGAUGACUUUACACCUGAGGGAAAAGAGGAGGUUCGCCGGGAGAAGCAAUGGGCCUUUGAGUGAAUGAUCUCCACAAUGCAGAACACCUUCUGGUUUUCAUUUGCUGAGAAUUUAAGUUUAGUAAAGUACCUUAAGUAAU